UGGACUGUGCUUGGCUUCGCGGCUGUGCAGAGCGCUUCGAGAACGUUCCUCGUCCAUGGGUUGCCCAGUCGUGAUACGGUGGGUUCUGAUUGUGUAAAAUUAUGUUUGGUGUUGCGUGGGUUGGGCUACAUCAUGCACUGGAAUACCCUAUUGUCAUCACUUUUGUUUUCCUUUUGUUUUCUUUCUUGUUCACACUAAUUUCCCAGUCCGAGGUCGUCGCCCAUGACCCGAUAUUGUUCGCUUUAGCCACAUGGAUUGGCUUUUGGAUACCCUACUUCCGUCAUUUCACUUACGAUUAUGGUUGUUUCUGGCGUUGGCUUAGCAAUGGUUGGAAGGGUCGCGUCUAUGGAUGGGAAGGAUCUCAUGAUGCAUUGUGCUUUACUUGGCGCUGUGGUAGCAGUGACUACCUUGGUUCAACGUGUUGCAGUCUGAAAGACGCAUCAUAGGCUCUCAUAUUCGCCGACUGUUGUAUGUAUGAGGAAGUCAAUCAAAUUGAUAGUACUAGCUGUAGAAUGAAUACUGCUUGACUC